AUGCAGUGCUAUCUUAUGAUCAUUGUGGAAACAGAGGGAUCAGAGGAGGAGGUGAUGGAGACGACUGGAGAACUGAACCCUAAUCAUUACCCAGCACAAAGGGCCGCGAACGCAGCGCGGCACUAUGUCAACACCCGCUAUGGCUCCCCUUAUAAAGUCUUUAUGCUCCACAAGGUCCACAGUGGAAACGCAGAGGACGUGGCCAAUGGAAGAAAGUAUCAAUUGGAAAUUUCAUUUCAAGAAAUGCUCAGUAAUAACACCUACAAAGGCUCUGCAGAGGUGUUGUAUCCAAGAGAAGGACCAGGUUCACCUGAAGUGAAGGUGUCGUGUGCAGAGCUCGAAGCAUAUCACAAAACACAGGAGGAAGAAGCUUUGUACCAAAAACUGAAGACUAGUGUUAGCAUGCUGUCAGCGCAGGAGUUGCCUGAUAGUCACGGCCGCAUAGAGCCGGACAUGGAGCCUCUGUGGUCCCUGGGAAUAGUGGCUUCAAGCUUCAUCAUGUUGAAAGAAUCCACUGAGGAUACUCUGUAUAACAUGGCUCAGGUCGGCAGUGUCACACAAGUGUUCACUGAGACAGUCGAGCUGAAGUUUGACUAUUUGGUAUUACUUCAUGAUAUGGUGUCGCAGGAAAUUAUUCGUUGGAAAUUGCAGUUCGGUUGGUCACCUCUAGGGGGCGUUAAAGUACAGCAGAUGGAAAAAAUACCGCACCGCCACACUUAA